AUGGUUGUAAAUGCUGAACAGAUCUGUGGCCCGCUGGCGCCUGGGCACAUGACACCGACGGUCUUAAUGGAGUUUGGGCAGCAGAGGCCAAUAAAACGGGGAUAUGAGGAAAUGGCUUUCAGGGGCGUGGCGACAGCCGCGUCACGUGGUUAUACAGAGACUGUCGGCGAGUCGGAAGUUGCAGCUGGUAGUCCUGUUCGUGUCGAUUCCGAGGACUCUUCGGCACCAAAGCGCAAGUGCAUCAGCCUGAACAGCGAUGGCUUUGAUGUGAAGCGGGAGAUCUUUGUGCCGUCCAAGAUGUCGUCAUCUGAACGGCGGUAUCUUCGGAAGAGAUUCCGGGCAGAGCUUGAUUCCGUGCGGGAUCUCCUCAAGAAGCCAGAGUUUGCAGCCCCUGUUCCUCUCAGUCGGGCACCUGCCUUGUCAUCCUCAGCUGCCCCUCGAGCCAAGAAGCCACAGAAGUCUCAGCGUGGUGUGACCAAUGUUAUCCGUGGUGCAAAGGGACGGUUCUUGCCUACAAAACCCCGACCUGAACCUUCUACGGUGUUAUCUGAAGCAGCAGUGUUUAAGCAGUGUGAAGCUAUUUUGAAGAAGUUUAUGACUCAGAAAUAUAGUCAUAUAUUCAAUGUUCCAGUUGAUGUAGUCAAGCUGCAAAUUCCUGAUUAUUUUGAUAUUGUCAAGACCCCAAUGGAUCUUGGUACUGUCCAGAAGAAGCUCGAAUCUGGCUCAUACACAAGUCCAUCAGAUUUUGCUGCUGAUGUCAGGCUGACCUUUAACAACGCUAUGGCUUAUAAUCCUAAGGGGCACGCUGUGCAUGACAUGGCCAUCCAACUGAGCAAGAUGUUUGAGAGUCGAUGGAGGCCAAUUGAGAAGAAGUUGGCUUCUGCUGCCACUGAGAAACAUGUUGAGGUUGACAGGGCUGACUCGAAGAGGAGGAAGACGCCUCCUGUGGACCGCAGUGAUGUGUCAAUGGAAGGUGUACGGCAGACAGAGCCUGAAAAACCAAAGAUGACAGCUGAAGAGAGAGAAGCCUUUGGGAACUGCUUGGCUUCUAUAUCCGAUGAGUUACCUCCUCACAUCUUUGAACUGCUGCAACAAUGCAUCGACAGCAAUACAGAUAUGAGAUCAAAAAAAGAAGACAGCAGUACAGAUAUGCCUGGUGAUGGAGAGAUAGAGAUUGACAUCCAAGCUGUCAGUGAUGACAUGCUAUUUGAGCUGAAGAAGCAUGUCGACAAGUAUUUGCAAGAGAAAGAGCAGAUCCAGCAGUUGAAAUCUGAGCCUUCUGAGAAUGAAGCUGUGAAUGUAUCUGGCCUUAGCCACUCGUCUACAAAUCCUUGCAAAGGUGGCGAGCCCAUCGAGGAGGAUGUGGAUAUCUGUGGCAAUGCCUCCCCUAUCAUGUUAGACAAAGAUGCACAAAUCAGGAAUAGCAAGUGCGGUAGUCCAAGUAGUUCCAGCAGCGACUCUGAAUCAUCUUCUAGCGAUUCUGACUCAGGCAGUGACUCUGAAAGUGAAUCAGAAAAGGUUGGCAGCCCUGGAAAGCUUGCGAAGGGGACUAAGAAACCUGACCAGCUGGUGGAGCAAGAAAAGAGUGAUGUUAUUAGCCCAGCUGAUGCCAACCGUCCUGCUGAUAUUGUGGGACUCCAUGGGGAGGACAGUGAGUCAAAGCCUGCACCAGGGGGGGAAAACUCAAAACCCGAUACACAAGUCUCACCGGACAGGCUUUUGCGAGCAGCCCUUUUGAGGAGCCGUUAUGCUGAUGUGAUUGUCAAAGCUCGCGGCAUUCUUAGUCAGGGUGGAGACAAACAGGAGGAACUGGAAAAACUCCAGAAGGAAGAGAAAGCCCGGCUGUUGGCUGAAGGUAAUGCAGCCAUGGAGGCUCGUAGAGCCGAAGCUGAAGCUGAAGCUAAGCGUAAACGGGACUUUGAGAGGGAGAAGGCUCGUCAGGCCCUACAAGAGAUGGAGAGAACUGUAGAAAUUAAUGAUAACCUCCAUCUCAAGGAUUUGGAAAUGCUUGGAACAGCCACAACAGAACAUAUUGUAAGCUCUGUUGACGAGACUAGUCCAGAGCGCUCUCAGGAUGGCAUGGCCGGCUAUCAUCCGGGAUCUGUCAAUCCUUUGGAGCAACUUGGACUGUUCAUAAAGGCAGAUGAUGAGGAAGAUGACGAAGAACCGAGCAGUGUUCCCAGCAUUAAAGAAGCAGAGGAAGGAGAGAUAAACUGA